AUGGUAUUUUUUAAUCUUUGGUCUGUAAUAAAUUGGUACAUAAGACCUUUUGUUAAGUGGAUUUUGAGGAAAACUACCCGUUUAUGCGAGCUCCAACGUAUAUGUUAUGGUGACAAACCUGGGGCUCAAAGAACUUGUAAUGUAGAAAAUUCAUUAAUGCUAUCUCGUACUAGGGAUGUAAUAGAAGUUAUUGCAUUCUUAGAUGCAGUGGUCCUUGAAAAAAGAUUUAUACCACAAAACUUUGAUGAUGUGUUGUAUCCAUCAAUAAAUAUAAUUCUACGAGCUAAACAAAUCAAUACAAAAUUACACCCAAAAUUUGUCCCAGCAUUUAGAAAAUGUCUACAACAGAUUUGGAGCUAUAGACAGUUAAUUGAUGACAUUGAAGAAUUAAGGUGUACUCAGUAUGAUAGUAAAAACUCAAACCAUGAGGAAAAGUUGCUAAAACUUUGGAGCCUUUUACAGCCUAAUGAGCUCCUAGAAGAUAGAAUAACAAAGCAGUGGCAAGAUAUUGGCUUUCAGGGAGAUGACCCAAAAACUGAUUUCCGAGGAAUGGGUCUAUUGGGCUUAGAAAAUCUUUUAUUUUUUGCUACGCAGUACACACAAGUUUCAAGCCAUGUUUUAAGUCACUCCCAACAUCCAAAAUAUGGCUAUACUUUUGCAAUUGUUGGCAUAAAUUUAACUUCAAUGGCAUAUUACUUAUUAAAGGAUGGUUCAGCAAAAACAUAUAUGUUCAAUGCAAAACAUUACUUGCCCAACAUUGACCUAUUUCAUAGAUUUUAUUGCUAUUUAUUUUUUGAAUUUGAUAAAUUAUGGAUAGAAUCUAAACCAGAGAAUAUAAUGGAAUUUUCUAUGAUAUUUAAAAAAUUUGAAAAUGCUAUAAGAUUACAAUUGUCCGAUCCCGCAUCUGUUUUUAGAAUAAAUAUAGCAAUUGACACAGUAUAA